AAGAGAGGCAGAGAAGGCUGCAGGAGUACCUGGCAGCCAAGGGCAAACUGAAAUGCCACAGCACCAAGCCUUAUCUAAAAGCCAAGAUUAAUUGCCCAAAUCCUCCACCUUCCAAAUUGGCUUUUAGACCCAAAAAAGAUGUUACCAACCAUGUUGCUUUGCCCAUCAAUGCUACAAGACCCAUCAGCAUUAAACCUCAGCCCAGACCUACCAGCAUCACAGGGUCCCAGAAGCCAAAGUUGGAGCCCCCAAAACUUGUGGGCAAGAGGCUGAUAUCAGGGUGUGUUUCUUCUAACCCAAACUGUAAACCGUUCAGCAAUAGUCAAUACCAGCAGAAAGCUACAUCUUCCACUACUGGAGAACUGUUAAGAAAAACCGUGGGGUCACUUAAUGUAAAGGAAUUGAAAACUAAAAAGCAGCAGAUAACAGAUCAAGGAAAUACUCAAUGUACAGACUCUGUGGACAAUGCCCAUGUUGAAAAUGAAUCCUUGAACAGCUUUCUAAAAGAGAUGAAUAAAGAGAACUUGCCCCAAACCUUUCCAGACUCUGAGAGGAAGCCAGAUUCUGAAGUGUGGGCCCUAAGAAAGCCAAAGACUAACUCUUACAAUCAAAACAAGAGUAGUCUGGCUCCUAAACAAGCCUUGGGCAAAAGUUCAGAGAAUAAAGCUGUUCUGAAAGACAGAGUUAAUAAACAAUUUGUUAGAGAAACACAAAUCAGGAUUCCACCAGUAAAGUCCCAGCAACUCCCUAGAGGAGCAGAUCUUGCAAGACCAGGAGAAAAACCCCCAAAGAUAGAUCCUUUUCACUCUGUUAAUAGAACUCAAACAUCUAAGAAACCAGUGGUCAAGGACAUAAAGGACUUAAAGGUUAAUAGAGGUAAAUAUGAAAGAUCAAAUGAAACUAAGUUACAAUCACGCAUUGUUACUGAACAGAAAGUAAAAGGUACAAAGCCCUGGACACACCCUGGUAUGCUUCAGGGUGGAAAAAACAACAGACAUCUGAGCAUUAAGCAAGAUCAGAAAUCCACUCAGACCUGUUUUAGACCUCAGACAUCAUGUGUACCUCAAAAAUCGAAGGCCAUAAACCAAAGUCCUAAUUUGGCAGUUGGCAACUUUAACUCCAUCAUUCCAAGCACCCCCAGUGUAAGAGCAAAUGGAACUAAUGGGAAUCAAUGCAACAACAGCUGUCAACAAAAGCCAUGGACUUUGGAAGCCAAAGUGAAAAAAGCUCUUCCCCAGAAUCAUUUUCUAAACAAGACAGCUCCCAAAACUCAAGCUGGUAACAUGACCAUAAAUGGAAGACCGGUCCCAAAGGAGACCCAAACUAACCCAAAUACUAAAAAGACCACAGCAGAGGAUCGAAGGAAACAACUGGAAGAAUGGCAGAAAUCUAAAGGGAAAAUCUAUAAACGGCCUCCUAUGGAACUUAAAACAAAAAGAAAAAUAAUAGAGGAGAUGAAUAUUUCAUUCUGGAAGAGUAUGGAAAAAGAAGAGGAAGAAAAGAAAGCACUAUUUGAACUGUCCAAUAAAAUUAACAACACUCUGACAGAAUGUCUGCAGCUCAUCGAAAGGGGUGUACUUUCUAAUGAAAUAUUUACCAUAUUGUCUAGCAUUCCUGAGGCUAAAAAAUUUGCUAAAUUCUGGAUCUGCAAAGCAAAGUUGUCGGCAAGUAAAGGCACCUUUGAUGUUAUUGGGCUGUAUGAAGAGGCCAUUAGAAAUGGGGCAACACCAAUACAAGAGUUACGGGAAGUUGUUCUUAAUAUUUUGCAAGACUCCAACAGAACCACAGAAGGAAUUACCUCUGACUCUUUAGUUGCUGAAAGUAAUAUGACAUCGAUAGAAGAGCUGGCCAAGAAGAUAGAAUCUGGAAAGUCUUGUCUUUCUCCAAAAGCAAGGGAACAGGUUACAGCAACACCCCAAACAACCAGGGCAGAGCGGAGUAACCACCCUGGCAUCAAAUUACAGAUCACCCCCAUCCCUAGAAUAAAUGGAAUGCCAGAAGUGCAAGGCAUGAAGCUUAUCACUCCUAUACGGCGUUCAGCAAGGAUCGAGCGAGCUGUGUCCCACUAUCCGGAAAUGCUGCAGGAACACGAUUUAGUAGUGGCUUCUCUUAACGAGCUAUUAGAAGUAGAAGAUACAGAGUGUUUUAUAUUCCGUAAAAAUGAGGCUUUGCCUGUAACAUUAGGGUUUCAAAUCCUUGACUCAUAAUUUCCUGAUGCUUUUUUAUAUUUAAAGGUGUUUCAGAGCCUCCAUGAGACAAGAAAUGCCCUAGUCCAGGGACCUGGAAGAAACUUUAUAAUGGAGAGGCAUCACGGAUGCCGAUUAUGGGCUCUCAGGACUGAGAAAGCGAUUCUCUGGGUUUACUCUCAAAUUUUAUAUCCCCAAAGGAACGUCUUUGGUUUAUUUGUUUAAGGCUGUAGUUUGCCACAGUUUUACAACAUACAUAAAUUUCAAACUAUUGAAUAUUAAUGUAUCCCACAAGUGUGAUAAAAAUUUAUACUUUGUCAAUCUAAUCCCAGCAUAGUUUUUUAUAUCAGGGUUGAUGCCUUAUUAUGAUAGACUUUCCUUCCAGCACCCACCUUAGCAGAGAGGGAGGUCCUCCCAGCAUGGAAGAGCUGAGCUUAGAAACUAACCUCAGCUAGAUGGGACAGACUAUCUGAUCAAAUCCCCUCAUUUUACAGAUGAGCUUAUACUAGCCAUGCCUUUGUCCAAAGAUUGCAGGUGACUUCUGUGUGAGCUUCGACUUCGGUCAGUGUCCCUGCGGGUGGCACGGAAUUUGUGAUUUUCCUGUGGUAGGUCUCCUCCAAUGAAACACUGCCCUGAAUUGGGAUGGUCACUUAGUUUUUUAUAUCCAAACUUAAUGUCACACUUGUCAUUCAGAAAUGCUUCAACUAAAAACGAAAGGAAGUGGGGGAAAGGGGCAGGGAGGGCACACUUGCUUCUUCACUUCAGUUCUUUGCUCUGCUAGAAGACACCUGGCCUGAGAAGACAACAGAAGCUAGAGACUGAUAAAUGUUGCCUUUCCUUCGUCCUGGGCAAGUGCUUUUGGAAACGUACAAUCAGAAUCAUUAUGUAAACAUAAUGUAUAGAAAAACCUAGUUGAACAUAUGUAAAAUUUUUGCUUUCUUCAUAUUAAACUAUUAUCUAAAGCAAACAUUAAA